AGGAACAAAAAUUGUAAAUAUCAAACAACACAAGCUCAGAUAUCCAACGUUUAAAUCCAGUUGAAAUUCCAAACAAAAUAUUUGGAAAAACUAAAAAAGUUUAUUUCAUAUUUUAAUGCACGGUAUUUGGUAUAAUAGUGAAAACCGCGAUUGGGUACGAGUUGCUGGACGAUAGUACCCGUUGUACCCGGUCAAGGGUUUGAGACCAGCAUCAAUACGUAAACCAUCGUUCUCGGCGAGUGCUGCCCACCAUCCAACAACAUCACAACAACAAUCCGCACCCUCGUCACCACAAACAACAGCAGCAGCAUCAGCAGCAGCCGUCGUCUCCUCCACGUCAUCCACAUCAUCAACCUCAUCAACGGCAGCAGCGCACACCCAACAUCCACAUCCUCAUUCACAUCCGCAUCCUCAUCAACAUCAUCACACUCAAUCUACUACUCAUUCCUCCUUCACAGUCACUACAAAUUCAUUUCACUCCCGAGAAUCGGUGGUUCAACCCCUUGAAGGGUACCAAUCCCCCAUCACAAGCGCAUCCAACUCUAACCCAGAUCCAGGCUCCAGCAGCAGCACCACAGCCGCUAACGCCACCACCACCAAUAACGGUUCUUCGCCACCAUCGAUAGCGGCCAUCGCAAGCGCAACUACGUCAGCAACAAUAGCAUCAGCAAUGGGAAGGCGAGAGAUUAAGCGGGCCAACACGAACGUCCCGAAGUCCUACGACAGCUCAAGCGCUACGUCAAACUUUGUUGGCAAAUUUACCCAAAGUGUUCGUCGUAUUGUUCAAGAUGUCAAAGAUGAAGGAGCUCCAAGUGGCAUGAGUCGAGAAGAAGUUAUCGAAACAAAUGAGCGACUACGAGCGUUGCGACUGCGUUUGGAAGAAUCUUAUGACACUGCUAAAGGAUCUCUUGUCACCUUGAUGAACAAAUACGGUGACUCAAAAAGCCAGCGUAAUAUGUUUCAACGAUAUCCGAUGUUAAAGCUUAUGAUAAAGGAUGUCAUCCGGCUUGAAACACAAUAUUGGACACUCAUCGAUAUUCCACGCCAAGAAAAACAGGAAACAGUUCCAUCCUAUGUAAUGAGAGCUUGUUCGAUAAUGGAGAAAACACAAAAGUCCGGUGAAGGUGUCAAGACAUCAGCCAAACUUGCAGAAGAAGCUGCCGAAAGGAGGGAACGAAUGGAACGCCUUGAACAUAUGACGACAGCGCAAAUUGAACUGGAAAACACCCAACUGAUCAAUGAUUUGUACAGACUUCUUAAGAAAUAUCUAGGAUUACGGCAUUUAAUUCGAGUUUUGAAGGACGAAUAUGGAAGCUCAAAAAUGUAUCCAAUAAUUCCACGCUAUACAAUGCUUAAAGACAUGAUAAAAGGCAUAAUGCAUGAUCCGGAUUAUAUGGAAGUUUGUCACGAAGUUAACAACUAAUUCGUAUAAAACAAACCUUCUCACUGAGAUUUAAAACUACCACCAAACCAAAACACAUCAUCUUCAU